AUGCAACACUACUCCAGAUCCGACUUUCUGGACGCCGGGAGCUUGACUCGCUCACGCAGUACCAGUCUAUCUAGUGACUCUCGAGUCAAUCUCAUGUCGCCGCCAUCCGUCAGCCCCCCGCCUGCUUUUAUUUCUUCCUCUGCGGCUUCGGAGAUCAUUACAUCCGACCAAGAAUUCAAUGCCGCUGAUUUUGUCGCCGAGGAUGAGGACACCGGUAGCACCGCCAGUGCCUUGGUCACCCCCGCGGCACUGUCUCUUUUGAAUGGCUUCCUUGAUAAUUUGUUGUUUAAUAUUCUCGCGGCUUCCAAAUCUACACAACUCGCCUGUAUUCGACCGGUUUUGGCAGACGUCCUAAAACCUCGCCUCGCACAAGAAGUGGUGGCCACAGCAGAUGAAGAGCUGGGUGAAUACAUGGGCGGCGAGGAGGACGAGGAAUCGGAAUUCCGGGGAGGUCAAGAACCCGGCGGAGACUUUGAUCUUGCUCGGUCUUGGAAGUUGACCCGUCUACGAUGCAUGGUUUACACCAGACUCGGCGACAUGGAAGAGGAGGAUGAGGACGAAUACAUCGCGCAGGAGGGUCUUGGGGAGUCCGACGGUGCUCCCCGCAGGUUCUCGAGCCAUGUCGACAACAUCACUCCCGCAGCAGCGAUCUUUUUAACUUCCAUUAUUGAGCACAUCGGCGAGCGAGCGCUUGUCAUUGCGGGCGAGACCUCGCGAUCAAGGUUAUCCACGAAACUAAAUGAUACCGAAAGUCAAUUUUCAGACGAUAUGGAGGACCACCGCAAGCGAAUUGAGCGGUUGGUCGUGGAGGAUCUCGAUAUGGAGAAACUUGCGCUGAACGCGACGCUGGGUCGCUUAUGGCGCACCUGGCGCAAGCGUAGACGUGGAACUACCCUUUCGCGAACAUUGUCUCGCGAGUCUUUCCGACGCCGCACCUUUUCUCACAGCCUGAUCAACAGCCGCAAGAGCAGUAUUGCGACCAUCGAGGAGCCGGUAACCCCCGCAGAGGCUGAUCAGGAUGCUCCCGCGCCAAUUGAUCCAAUCGCAGUGCCUCUACCCAUGGGCGACCACGAUAUUGAUGAAAUUGAGGUUCCUGGGUACAACCCGGAUAUGGAGGACGAGGUAGCUCAUACAAUGCAGGCGGUUGUCGCUCACAAAGUGCGACCGCGGAGUUUGAUGGUGGUCCCCUCACCAUCGCUGGUGACACGGUCGGGCAACUCUCCUCUGAGCGCGUCCGCAGUCGAAAGUCCUAUGUUUCUUCAUGCUCGCUCUAGAUCGAUGCCAAACCACAAGUCGGAUCUACCUCAGGUGUCCCAGGAGCAGGCCGAGGAGGAGGAAGAAGCCUCUCCAGGUCAAUCAUCGCCCAAGUCCUCCAGAUCUGCCCGCUCACCUUCCAAGGAGAAGCAGCUGGAAACCAUGUACGAGGAUGAUGAAUCGACUGAAUUUGUAGAUGCAGCCGAGUCUAUCAUGGGAAUCGCAGUUACCACGGAAAAUGAGGACUUCAAAGAAGUUGCGGAGUUGUCCGACAAGGAGCGCAUGUCUGUCGUACAAGAGGAGGAGACUGCGCCGUCAGUUGGUGAAACGGUCGCAUCAUUGCGAUCACGUCUGCACGAGGACGAAGGGACAGACAGCAACCGUGUUUCGGCUUCGUCGAUAAGUGAUGGACCCACCAAGGACCCGGAAGUUAUCGAAGGACAGGGGAUGCGCGAGAAGCCGACACUGACGUCGACCAUUCAGCGGCCGAAGAAAAUGCAAAGUAAGGAUGUUUCUCAGUCUGAUGCAAAGCCGAUCAUUGCAGAAACUAGUGGCCCCGACCUUCCCUCCACCCAAUCUAUGCAAGGGGUGGAGCCCGCACUGGCACUACCCGCCGACGCCACCAUCGAAGCUAUCAAGACUCCUAGUGAUAGCGAUACUAUCGAGGCCGAUCCUAAUAAAUCAGACAUGAAAUCCGUGCCUGAAGAGGCCCCUUUGAAUGAAGCGGAUUUUUCUGAGAAACCCUCCGACAUUUCUUCAGAGACCGCUGCUAUCAGCAACUCCCUCAUUCCCAGCUCUGGCCAAAGUGCUGCUGAAUCCGCUGUUGAAGACUUGUCUGGUUCUGAAGCUGUAACUCCAGAAAUCUCUCGACAACAUUCGACUUCGGGCGACAGUGAACGAUCUCAACAAUCACGCACCCGCCGCAGGCCCACCCCGUUGGUGGUGACUAGCAACCGCAGCUCUCCAACACUUGAACAGCGAGCUGCUGUGCAGCGUAUGUCUGGUCGCUCAGCUACAUCAAUCUCCUCAACAAUCCAAAGUCAAAGCAAGCCUCGUCGCUCAGAGAGCUUUGGCAGUGCUCGCGAAAAGCGCCCAAUCACUGCUGGUUCUACGACAUCUUCUCAAGUUUCAAACAAACUAAAAGGCCUGAUGACUCGUCCCCCAGGCGAGUCCCCGUCCCUCCGGCUCCGCAGCUCUUCUGAUACGAGCCGGGCGUCUGGUAGUGCAGACUCAUUGGAGAACGACACCACCGAUUUGGACAAGUUAAUCAACAGUGAUGAGACCAUCCAUUUCACGUUGACUCCGCGAAGUGUGCGAGAGAUGACCUUCCCGGAUGUGUCUCGACCAAUUCCUCGCUCAGACACCACGACCACGACUGAUCUCGCAGAGUUCCUGAAGAACACCGGCCCACCGGGAGCGGACCCUCGAGCAUCUGUCUCUUCCAAGGCCACUGGAGAACAAACCAUUGGAACUGCCAAAUCGCUUGAUUCCCCCAAGCACAUCCCACUCUCUUCUCGGAUGAGCCUCUCUCCAACGGCUGCUGCUGUACCAGCUCGUGAGACUCGUACCAGUAGCAAACCAUCUGGUCCCACCAGCUCUCCGACUCCCGUCGACUCCCCCAGAUCUGUUCGAACUCAGCCUAGUAUUUCGUCCACUGGGUCAAAUCCGAACCGGCCCAAGCUGCAGGCUCGUGCAGCGGAGACGCGUGGAUCGGAGACUUCUGAAUUGAUCGAUUUCAUUCGCCAAGGGCCGCCGCAGUCUGGUGCCCACCGUAUCCCUCGUACAGUGGCACCAUUCCGAAACACAAUCGACUCGGAUGAUCUUCAAAUUAACCCCCAGAACGGUUCUGUUGGUGAAAGUUCUAGUAUCAGCAAGUCGUUUACAUCUCGUACUGGGCUGCUGGAUUCAAACAACCGCCCCAAUGGUCAAGCCAAGUCGAUCAACAUGGCGGAGCCUGCUCAACCCGUGCGCAAGCAACGACGUGUUCCGGACCCCUACGCCAUUGAUGACGACGAUGAUGAUGACGAUCUAUUUGAGGAGUUCAUCCAAGCCAAGCCGCCUGCUCGCCAGGAGGAGAGUCUAAUUGAUUUACUACGCAGCGAACCCCCACCCAACUUCAACAACGCCCCGCCCCAGCCAUUCAACGUGAGACCAUCUGCCUCAUCAAGCUCGAAUGGCUCUGUUGGUAUGAAGUCAGGAAUGGGUCCCUCGUCAAAGAUGUCGGUCAGCUCUAUGCGGUCCGCCUCACAAUCAAACUACACCUCAAAGGUCGGUAUGGAGCGCAAUCCUGGCAUCAUACCAUCCACCUCAAACCGUCAAACCGAGACCAGCGCAUUGGCGGACUUCCUCCGAAACACUGGCCCGCCAGAAGUCCCUCCCCAGAGACCCACGAGCCCCAAGAUUAAUAAAGAAGGCGGAUUUUCCCGCUUCUUCACACGCCGCAAGAAGGUCGGAGUCUAA